AUGUCGCGACCAACUCUGCUUCAAUCCCAGACCAACGCUCUCCUAACCCUUUUGAACCUCAACCAACCUCCUCCCGCCUCAAGCUCAUCGACUGGUCCCUUCCCAAGACCGUCCACGCCGUCCUCCACAUUUGAUGAGAAUUCACAAGCGCCAUUGGUAUGGAAGGUGCUGAUUUUAGAUGAGCAAAGUAAAGAUAUAUUGGCUACUAGUUUGAGGGUUCAGGAUUUGAGAGAGCAGGGCGUUACUUUGCACAUGCAAUUACAUUCUGCCAGACCACCUUUAGCAGAUGUACCCUCAGUAUACUUUGUUUCUCCUACUCUAGCUAAUAUAAGACGUAUUGCAGAGGACCUGAACCCACCAUUAUAUUCAUCCUAUCACUUAUCAUUCACCUCGUCCCUCCCCCGAUCAUUAUUGGAAGAACUUGCCUCUUUAAUCCUCUCAAAUGAUCCAUCAGGAAGUACAGGUCAACUGAUCUCUUCAGUGCACGAUCAAUUCUUGGAUUUCUUGGUUCCCUCUCACAAUUUGUUCUCGUUAUUGCCACGAAGAGAAAUAAAACAUGAUACGAAUGGAACAACAACGAGUAAGAAAGCCGUAGUGAAUAAAGAAAAAGAAGUAGAAGGUAAACCAAGUUAUGUGGUGUUGAAUGAUCCGAAAGCUGGUGAAUUAGAGAUUGAUGAAGAGGUUGAAAGGAUCUCCAAAGGGCUCUUCAGUGUCAUAACUACUAUGAAUUUCAUACCUAUUAUUCGAUGUCCACGAGGAAAUGCCGCUGAGAUGGUAGCUAGGAAAUUAGAUGCCAAGUUAAGGGAUCAUAUAGCCUCAAAUGCUUCUCAACGUGGUGGCGCAGCCAGGGAUGGCGCAUAUGGUGUAGACGGUUUGAACAGUUUGCAAAGGCCUUUACUCGUCAUCCUAGACAGGAAUGUCGAUUUGAUACCGAUGCUCUCCCAUUCAUGGACAUACCAGGCUUUGGUGCAUGAUGUACUGGAUAUGAAGCUGAACAGAGUCACCGUAGAGUCCCCUGAAAAUGGCCGAUUGCAGAAGAAAUCAUACGAUAUCGAUUCGAAGGACUUCUUCUGGGAAAAGAACGCUGGGAAUCCCUUCCCUCAAGUUGCCGAGGAUAUCGACGCAGAAUUGAGUAGAUAUAAGUCGGAUGCAGCGGAGAUCACUCGAUCGACAGGUAUAAGCGAUGUCAAUGAUGUGGCUCAAAUUGACUUCUCCUCCAAUACUGCCAAUUUGAAAACAGCCAUAACGGCCUUACCGGAACUUACAGCUCGUAAACACACGUUGGACACACAUAUGAACAUUGCCACUGCUCUCUUACAAUCGAUUAAAGAACGUGGAUUAGAUAAUCUUUUCCAAGUGGAGGAAACAGCUUCAAAGCAAAGUAAAGCUCAGAUUGUAUCUACGUUGAAAGGACAGACGGAUGAUCCUGAGCAAACUGCUCAUCCCACACCUGAUGAUCAACUGAGAUUAGUCAUCAUUUACUUCUUAUCAAUGAUGGACACUCUCCCCAAGGAGGAUUUAGCAGAAUUGAGUAAUUUGUUAAAAGAGUCUGGAGCGGAUGUGAAUGCUUUGGAAUAUGUGAAGAAGGUCAGGGAGAUUACGAGAAUGACUAUGAUGGCUUCUCAGCCUGCUAUUGCGGCUGCUCAGCCUCAGACUUCGGCUGGAGGGGAAUGGACGAGAGGUUUCAGUGCUUUGGGUAAUAGAAUUACGGACAGACUAAGAGAAGGAGGUAUAACAGGUGUAGGACUCGAUAAUAUCAUAUCGGGAGUCAAAAACUUCUUACCUGCUCGGAAAGAAUUGACCAUCACUAGAUUAGUAGAGGCUUUGAUGGAUCCUUCGACAGCUGCUACCCAGGCACUACAAGACACGGAUGAUUAUCUUUUCUUCGACCCGAGGGCUUCGAGAGGUAGGAACCCCGUUGGUGGUAGUACAGGUAAAGGUAGACAACAGUAUAGCGAAUCUGUUGUGUUUGUCGUGGGUGGUGGGGGGUAUGUUGAAUAUGGCAAUUUGAUGGAAUGGGCCAAUAGGAAAGAAGGGGGUGGGAAUAAGAAGAUCACUUAUGGUAGUACGGAAAUAUUGAAUCCUACGGCUUUCGUUAAGACUUUGGCUGAGCUUGGAGCGGCGUAG